AGUGGGUAUGAGCCAGGUGACGAAAGCUAGGUUAACAGCUGGACGUGUGCAACUUGUGUACAUGGAUACAAAUGGAACGAAGAAAUACGCGGGACGGAAAAUGCGGAGAAUAGCGCAGCCUCGGAUUGAGAGAUGCAUGGCCUUUUGUUACGCGGGAUUCUUCGUGCUCUUCUUCUUCAUAAUGGUGGUGGAAGACGCACGCGAACGCCGCAACCGCAGUGAAAGCGUAACCAUUGUGUUUGUAAUUUGCAAAAACCAAUACGACGACGGCCUCAUCGCUGUGAAAUCAGCGAUCGCCUACUCCAAGUCUCCGCUGCGCAUAAUCAUCAUCACUGAUGACAUCGGCCAGAAAGAUAUGCUUAAAGAGGUUGGUUCGUGGCCAGGAGAGAUCACAAAGCGUGUUCGCGUCGACAUCCAUCCUCUACGGCUGCCGGACACGUACAACUUGGCGAACGCGCUUGGACCGUGUGCCGCGCAGGAACUGUUCCUUGCGAGCGCACUUCCGCAUGAGGGCGCGGUCAUCUACGCGAACGCCGAAAUGGUGUUCCUUCAUCCGGUCGAGAACCUGUGGAGGAUACUGGCCGCCAUGGACGGACUCCACUUGACCGCCAUGGCGCCAGAAACGGAGAGCGCUGCCCGCAUUUGGUACCAGUUCAUGAGAAAGGAACCACCACCGCUGCCUUUCGGUAUGACCUCGGGCCUGGUGCUCAUGAACCUGACACGCAUGCGUGAGUUGGGCCUAGAGCAACGCCUGACAGAACUCGACCGAGAGACUGCGGCUACCGGGCGUCGAGGGGACAUGCUAAGCAACCUCUUCACCGGACGCCCCGAAGCUCUGCGGACAUUCAGUUGCUGCUGGCACUUCCACUCGGGCCACUGCAACGGAUCUGCGCUGUGCAUAGACGGGCCGGUGGCCGCUGUUCGUGGAUCGCAGCAAGUGCCGGCGUUCGCGGCGCUGCGUGACGCCAUGCGACAGUAUGUGCUGGGCGGCAGCCUCGAGAAAGAGUUCGUCGCUCCACUGAGCGCGCGCCUCGACAGUAUGAUGCCAUCCAACUGCUCAAUGCACUUCAAGAGGCAACUUCCCAUAUGGCUGCAAGUGGCCCGCCACGUCGACAACGAGUUGGUGCCCAUAACUCUCGAUCGCAACCUCUUGCGCUUUCAACACCCGCCGCUACCGGGACAGUGAAAGCGGACCGAGGCGAUCGGACCACGUGAUGAAUCGAAGCGAGCUUGCGCCUCCCUGAUGGUGCGGCCGUUCCAAAAAAGAGGGCUCCUAUGCUUGGAAGCGUUACAUGCUGCGCUCGCGCUAUAAAAAUUCCAUUGAAUCUUCAGAGAACACUUUUUAUGUUUACGCGUCACUGCUGAACACAGGCGUUAGUGAAUUAUGUGGUGUGAUUUCAUUUUGCUCGCAGAAAUUGCAUUAUAAAGGCUAGUGAUUUUCUGGA